ACAGAGACAGUUUCUCUAAAUUAAUUUCUCUAAAUUGUUGUAUUCCUAACGAUAAAACAAGGGCAAUCUGUUUCUUUUGUGCUUAGUCGUGUGUAGUUGUACUGAAUUCCGUUGUUGAUUAUAAAUUUAAUCAAGAGUUAGCCUCGUACUCCUUCGAAGCAACAUGGAUACAAACUGGAUAGAACACAAGUGUAAGUCAGGACAGACUUUGUUUAUCUACAACAAGGUGACAGGGGAGUACAAGACAAUGACUGGUGAUAGUUCAAGAGAUGAGAACUGUGUCAUGAUUGGUCAACCAGUUGUCUACAAAGAAGUCUGCACCAUUGGUACACAGACAGAUGACAAUGGCUGUAAUAAUGGCUGUACUUCCAUCUACAUCAAUACAGACCAUGUUAUCAACAGCACAGAAACAUCACCACUGCAAGAACCAGUUGUUUUAGAAGAAACAGUAACUGUUAUUUUAGAUGAACCUGUUACAACUAUUCUCUUAGAUGAAGCAACAGAUUAUUCUGUUAGCAAUACAAACAGUWAUGUCUGGUAUAUAGACAAUGCGACACAUUUAGAAGAGCUUGGAAAUGAAAGCAACAGUGAAGCAACAAAUAAUUCUUCUGACAAUAAAGAUAUUGAGAGCAUUCCUCAGGAGGGGGAAGGUAGUCAAACUGAAUGUUUGGUAGAUUUUACAAGUAAAGACACCAGUGAAACAGCAGCWAACACARGACAUCUGACUAAAUCCUUUCCAUGUCCUUAUUGUAAGAAAAAAUGCAAAUUUAAAUCUCAUUUGGAUCGACAUCUCCGUACACAUACUGGAGAAAAGAACUUUGAAUGUUCCAACUGCAAAAAGAAAUUUUCUCGGAAAGAUCAUCUGAAACUUCAUUUGCAAACUCACACUGGAGAGAAACCAUUUGAAUGCUCUCGAUGUGGAAAAACAUUUGCACGUAAAGGACAGCUGAAUYGUCAUAUAAUAUCACAUAUUGGUGAGAGAACCUUUGAAUGUUCUCAAUGCAAAAAGAAAUUUAUGRCAAAGGAUGCAUUAAAAGUGCACAUUCGAACACACAAUGGAGAAAAGMCUUUCAAGUGUUGUUAUUGUGAAGCAAGAUUUUUGAGAAAGUGGGAUCUAAGUCUGCAUCUGAAAAAGCAUACUGGAGACGAGCCCUUUGAAUGUUCUUACUGCAAAAAGAAAUUUGUACAGAAGACGUAUUUGAAAUGUCAUGAAAGAACACACACUGGAGAAAAACCCUUUGAAUGUUCUCACUGCGAAAAGAAAUAUUCUAUCAAAGCAGAUCUGAAUCGUCAUGUACGAUCACACACUGGAGAAAAGCCAUUUGAAUGUUCUUAUUGUAAGAUGAAAUUUUCACGUAAUUCAUAUUUGAAAUGCCACAUAAGAAAACAUACUGGAGAAAAACCUUAUGAAUGUUCCUAUUGUAAAAAGAAAUUUGCAAGAAGGAACAGUUUGAGUUAUCAUCGUAAAACUCACACUCAAGAGUAGUCACCUCAUUUUGUUACGAACAUGUCAUGCUGGCCUCAUUUGCAGGCUGUUCCAGCAGAAAUGGACUUAUUGUCUUUUUGGUCUUCCUGUGUUGGAAAUCUUGAGAGGGAAGAACUGGUGUCAAAGGAUUGAAACAACGUCCACUAACUAUGUUGUGUUUUUCUUUUCUUACUACUCACUACUACCCCGACAGGUUUUUUCGAUAUAACACAGGAAUCCCAUAGAGUAAAUUUUCCUGUGAACGAGUUUAACGCCAGGCAUAUCUAUAGUUUUGUGGAUUCUCUUCACGACGUCAUUUUAGAAUUAAUGUCAACGUGAAUUGUGGAAUGAAAGUAUUUAUCAGUUCCUUUUCCGAAAAGUUUUCAAUAAAGUUUGACGUCCUGGUGACUGAGA